CCGACUUCGAAAUGCACCAAGCAAUAGUAUCAGUUACCUCGGAUACAGCGAAGGAACAAAAGAGGCUAACGGGACGAAUAAUGAUUGCCGCCGUUGUUUGAGGCUCGGAAAGGGCGGCUUUUUGCACGAGGCUUGCCGAGUCAAACAAAGAGGCAAACUGUUUUUUGAACGCGUCAAGCUGCGUAGCUGCUGCAUCAUCCUGCACUUCAAUAACAAAAGAAGAAGAGCAGCUGGCGAAGGCUCUGAACACGACGCGUUGUCGGCCGGCAGCCAGCGUAGAAUCUGAGGGCGAAACAGGAGGGACUUCCGAGUGAUUGACUGCCUGGAGGCCGCCUUCACCAUGGAUCCCAACUAUCCAUUUAAUCCCAUCUACACCAACUUCCAUCCAUCUCAAUACCAGAGAUCAUCUCAUGCAGUCCCGCAACAACAGCAAACCCUCCCUUAUCCUCAGUCUCAGCCGCAUCUACAGUUCGAACCACAGUCACAGCCACAGCCUCGAUCUUAUCACCAUCCUCAACCGUAUCCUCCACAAAACUACUCUCAGUUCUACUACAAUCAGGAUCAACACUACCAGGCACCGGUCCAUGAGUAUUCACAACAAGCCUUCUAUCUGCCACCGGGCCCUCCUGUCCAGCCCUCUCAGUCUCGUAUACAAGUCGUUAUACCGCCUCACUCGUCUCAGUCUCCCUCCUCACCUCACCAGCAAUUCCAGCAGCCACGGCAAACAUAUCAUCCGCCGCCUACGCAGCCUACGCAGCAACCUCGCAACCAGGUACCAAGCCCUGCUCAGACAUUCCAACCACCUCCCAGACAGCAACCUCCACAAUACGCUUCCCAAUAUAAGCCUGAUCCUCCGCAACGGCGAUCAGAUGUGAUAGUACACAUCGCAAGUCCAAGGAUGGGUGCCGAUCAAUCUCAGCUAAAGCGAGAGCAAACAAUACCCAGCAUCAAAAUCGAGGAAUCUCAAAAGAAAUGGGAAUCGCCUGUUCCAGCCACAAAACCUCAACCACCACAAAAAACGCCGGACCAACCGCUGACCACGAUAAACCCUCAAAUGCUGCAGAAGACGCCCUUGCAGACUCCAUCCAGAGUAUUCCAAGCGGUCGAGAUCAACACAAAGCCGAAGAAGGUUGCCACCACACCCGCUGAAAAUCGUCAUUCACCUGUAAAACCAGAUGAACCAGAACCAAACUAUCCUUCUGUGCUGUGCGUUUUGGCUGACGACUACCUUGACGCAGCCCGGAAACAGCCAGCAGUGACGGAGGAAUACUACAAUCUGAUAGCAACUGCACUUGGCUGUCUCGAAUCUGUCCUCAACAAUUUCAAACUUCCACCUCUGAGAGAAGCCCAAGUUUCUCUACACUAUGCACGGAUCCUCUAUGAAGAGACAGAAAACUGCGACGAAGCUGAAACAAGAUUGACGAAAUCAAUCGAGCUGUGUGAAAGACACAAAUUCAUUGAUCUGAAAUAUGAAAUGCAACUGCUGUUAUCUAAAAUCCUUUAUGAGUCCAAUCCCAAAGCUGCACUACGAGAUAUCCAAAGAAUGAUUGACGACAUCGAGGCCUAUCGCCAUACGGCAUGGCUUUACAUCUUCCGCUUUCAGCAUGCAAUGUUUUCCUUAGCAUCAGCAGCACCAGGAGAAGUGCACAGCGCUGCCGUGCAGCUCGAAAAGAUCACCAAUUUGGCACGUCAAAAUUCAGACAGUGCGGUCCUGGCCUUGGCCGCAGUACUUGAAGCGUUGCUGCAUCUCUCCAGCUCCAGCCAUGAAGCGGUCACAGCCAGCCAGACAGCUUUAGCAAAAGCCCGGGCUUUGCAACUAAAUUCGGACGUUGAAACAACUCCCCAACUGACUAUACUGAUGGAGUUCAUUGAUCUCGCAUGCAGUGUCCGAGAGUGCAAUAUUGCGCAAACGGAAAGUAAACGUAAGAUUAUGCAUGAUGUGCUUUACGAAUCGAUCGGCAACCCUGAGUGGCGUGAGGACGGCUUCAUCUACAUCCCUGUCUCGAAGCGGGCAAUAACAGGCAUUCAACUUCAGGGCAACGGACACGUUGUUGAAAGAUGCGGGAAGUACUUUAUGACCUUCUCGUGGCUGAGCAAGGAGCACGUGGAAGCCUUAGGAUUUCUAUUCAGCGCCGACAGUGCGGCCUACAAGAGCGGAGCCGAUGGCGGCAAAGCAGAGAAGUUUGCUGAAGCAGGCCUCGCGGAAGUUCGGUCUUGGGGACGACCAGGUCUUGCUACUGGUUAUCAACAAUCACAGAGAGUGCACAUCUUCCAGAAAUUGCUCGAGGCACAAUUUUUGUUUCUGAUCUGUUUUAUGCGUUGUUCCAGAGGUUCCUGGCAAAAAGCGAGCAGCAUGGUGUCUGCUAUACAUCGCAUUUCAGAAGAUGUUGGCAACAAUUUUCCGCUGAGUAUGAAGUCUGCGCUGCUCUACUUGGAAGGUGUCAUAUUACAAGGCACAGGGAACACUGCACAAGCACUCGAAAUUUACCAAUCGCCAAUGUUGAGUCUCGAACAGAAGCAUUCCUCACCAUCAACGAGGCCAAAGGCCGACCAUCAAAUCUCAACGUCAUAUCAUGCAGACUCGGACAUUACUCGCAACAUGUGUAUUCUUGCCGCCAUGAACACUGCAUUCAUCCUCCAGGACCCCCAGCAUGCCCAGCAUAAUCGACAGGCUUACCUGGUCAAUAACCUGAGUACGGCUGUCCAGAGCUGUGGGAACAAGUACAUACAAGCGCAUUACUCGCUUCUGGUGUCUGUCCUGUCAACUACAACGCUGACAGCGAAGCAAUAUCUCAGAAGUGCAAUGGAAGCAGCCAAAGCGAUCGGGAGCACACAAACGACUGCACUCGCAUUGGUUUACAUGCAAGAGAAGCUGUUUAGGGGGACAGUGGAUGAACAAGCAAUCAAGUGUGCCAGGGCUGCAAGUCACCAGGUCCGACGAUGGGGUGAUCCGAUGUGGAUGCACGUCGCGGCCGGUCUGGAGGCGGAGGCACUCGAGAUCAAUGGUUUAUUGGGAGAUGCCCAGCAGAGGAGGGCCGAUGCGGAGGCGAGCUGGGAUAAACUGCCAGAAGCAGUCAAACGUCUGAAAAGCGACUGAGUGAAAAGGUGUUUAGUCGAACUGUUUCGCGUGAAAGGCAUUUAGUUGAAGCGUUGAGAGCCAUGGCGCUUUUGUGGAUUGCACAACUAGAUAUUACAG